CUCUUCGCGUUCUCUUCGCUGCUGUACAGUCUCUGCUCAUCGUCUUGAACAUUUCUCGUGAACGGGAGAACUGCUGCGAGGGUCCCAAACUUUGGUGCAACCGAAUCAUCAUGAACUUGUCCCUUUACACAGUCACAGCUUUCCUCAUAAUCGACACGGACGGCCACAGAGUACUGGCGAAGUACUACCACCCCAAGGGUCACCCCAAUGGCGAGUCGAAGAAGUUGACGACGUUGAAAGAGCAGCGGGCAUUUGAGAAGGGGCUCUUCCAGAAAACGAAGAAAGCAGGAGGCGACAUCAUCUUGUACGACUCACACCUCGCGGUGUACAAGCACUCGUUGGACCUCAUCUUCUACAUCAUCGGCGACCCCCAGGAGAACGAGCUCAUGCUGCACUCCGCGCUCGUCGCGUUCUCCGACGCCGUCCACAUGCUCCUCCGCAACCAGGUCGAGAAGCGUGGCGUGCUGGAGAACCUGGACAUCGUCCUCUUGUGCUUGGACGAGACCAUUGAUGACGGCGUGAUCGUGGAGACGGACUCGACGACGAUUGCGUCGCGCGUGAGCAGGCCAAAGGCGGACACGUCGGACAUAGUCAUCAACGAGCAGACGCUCCUGAACGCAUACCAAACCGUGAAGGAGAAGAUGCAGCAACGGAUAGGACAGCUCUAGGGAGCACAUGUUGUAUUUUAUCAGAUAUCCCUUUCAUCGGUUGUGAGCCCGACUUGCGACCCCGCUUCUAAAACAUCAUUCUGGC